AUGCGAAGGCGCAACAUACCCAGACCCCGACCUCGGUGUGGUGCUUGCAUAGUCUUACAUGCCCAAUGCCCUCCACGGUGCUUCUUUGCCCCGUACUUCAGUCAUGAGGAAGGAGCUAUUGACUUUUCUGCUAUCCACAGAAUUUUUGGCGUCGGUAAUGCUUCAUUUCUUCUGUACCAGGUUAGUGAGUUGCAAGCUUAUCGAGCUUAUUUGCAAGAUUCACUAUUCGCAUAUUAUUCUUCGCAUCCCCAACUUGUUCCUCCAUUUGAUCCAAAUCCCAACUGGAGCUCCAGUCCUCCCACCAUCCCAGAGUCUACUCUACCUCACCCUGGCGAAACGAGCAGCAGCCAGAUGCCACUCUCGGAUGACCUUGAUGAGUUAGGUCCAGUCAUCUUUGGCCACCGCCGACGUCCUUGA